UAGCAGCCGGCGCCGCUUCGGCACAUUCGGGAAGAGUUGGCGGGAGCCGCCUGAGUGCGCGAGGACAGCUCUGGGAAGCGAGAGGCCGGGGCUGUGGCCGAACCCGGAGGUGGUCGCCGUAGAUGAGUGACUGCUCCAGUUUGCACGUCUUGGUUUAGGGACUGAGAGACGGUGAAAGAAUUCAAGAUGCCACCUAAUAUAAAAUGGAAAGAAUUAAUCAAAGUUGACCCAGAUGACCUGCCACGUCAAGAAGAGUUAGCAGAUAAAUUAUUGAUAUCCUUAUCCAAGGUGGAAGUAAAUGAACUAAAAAAUGAAGAUCAAGAAAACAUGAUACAUCUUUUCAGAAUUACUCAGUCACUAAUGAAGAUGAAAGCUCAAGAGGUAGAGCUAGCUUUGGAAGAAGUUGAAAAGGCUGGAGAAGAACAAGCAAAAUUUGAAAAUCAAUUAAAGACAAAAGUAAUGAAAUUGGAAAAUGAACUGGAGAUGGCUCAGCAGUCUGCGGGCGGACGUGACACUCGGUUCUUACGGGACGAAAUUCGCCAGCUUGAGAAGCAGUUGGAACAAAAAGAUAGAGAAUUAGAGGAUAUGGAAAAAGAACUGGAUAAAGAGAAGAAGGUUAAUGAACAAUUGGCUCUUCGAAAUGAGGAGGCAGAAAAUGAAAACAGCAAAUUAAGAAGAGAGAACAAACGUCUAAAGAAAAAGAAUGAACAGCUUCGUCAGGACAUUAUUGACUACCAGAAACAAAUAGAUUCACAAAAAGAAUCACUUCUAUCAAGGAGAGGAGAAGACAGCGAUUACCGAUCACAGUUGUCUAAAAAGAACUAUGAACUUGUUCAAUAUCUGGACGAAAUACAGACCUUAACAGAAGCUAAUGAAAAAAUUGAAGUUCAGAACCAAGAAAUGCGGAAAAAUCUAGAAGAGUCUGUACAGGAAAUGGAGAAGAUGACAGAUGAGUAUAACAGGAUGAAAGCUAUCGUGCAUCAAACGGAUACUGUUAUGGACCAGAUCAAAAAAGAGAAUGAGCACUAUCGCCUUCAAGUGCGAGAGCUCACGGAUCUUCUGAAAGCAAAGGAUGAAGAGGACGAUCCAGUCAUGAUGGCUGUCAAUGCAAAAGUGGAAGAAUGGAAGUUAAUUUUGUCUUCUAAAGAUGAUGAAAUCAUUGAAUAUCAGCAAAUGUUACAGAGUCUGAGAGGGAAACUUAAAAAUGCCCAACUUGAUGCUGACAAAAGUAACAUUAUGGCUCUGAAACAGGGUAUCCAGGAACGAGACAGUCAAAUUAAGAUGCUAACUGAACAAGUAGAGCAGUACACGAAAGAAAUGGAAAAAAAUACUUUUAUUAUUGAAGAUUUGAAAAAUGAGCUCCAAAAAGACAAAGGUACUUCAAACAUUUAUCAGCAGACUCAUUAUAUGAAAAUUCACUCAAAAGUACAAAUUUUAGAAGAGAAAACAAAAGAAGCCGAGAGAACAGCUGAACUGGCUGAGGCUGAUGCUAGGGAGAAGGACAAAGAAUUGGUUGAGGCUCUGAAGAGAUUAAAAGAUUAUGAAUCUGGAGUAUAUGGCUUAGAAGAUGCUGUUAUUGAAAUAAAGAAUUGUAAAGCCCAAAUUAAAAUAAGAGAUGGAGAAAUUGAAGUGCUGACCAAAGAAAUCAAUAAGCUUGAGAUGAAGAUCAAUGAUGUCCUGGAUGAAAACGAAGCCCUUAGAGAGCGGGCUGGCCUUGAACCCAAGACAAUGAUUGAUUUGACUGAAUUUAGAAACAGUAAACGCUUGAAGCAGCAGCAGUACAGAGCUGAAAACCAGAUUCUUUUGAAAGAGAUCGAAAGUCUAGAGGAAGAACGCCUUGACUUGAAAAGAAAAAUUCGUCAAAUGGCUCAAGAAAGAGGCAAAAGGAGUGCAGCAUCAGGAUUAACCAUUGAUGACCUGAGCUUAACUGAAACCUUUUCUCUUGAAGAUAAAAUAGGAGAAAGAAAACUAAAUUUUAUGAACCUCCAUAAUAUGAAUGAAACACAAUCAAAGAAUGAGUUUCUUUCAAAAGAAUUGAUUGAAAAGGAAAAAGAAUUAGAAAGAAGUAGGACAGUAAUUGCUAAAUUUCAGAAUAAACUAAAAGAACUAGUUGAGGAAAAUAAGCAACUUGAAGAAGGUAUGAAGGAAAUUUUGCAAGCUAUUAAGGACAUGCCGAAGGAUUCUGAUGUGAAAGGAGGUGAAACAUCUUUAAUCAUCCCAAGUCUCGAAAGACUGGUUCAUGCUAUGGAAUCAAAGAAUGCAGAAGGAAUCUUUGAUGCCAGUUUGCAUCUGAAAGCCCAAGUUGAUCAACUUACAGGAAGGAAUGAAGAAUUAAGGCAAGAACUCAGGGAAUCUCGGAAAGAGGCUGUAAAUUAUUCACAGCAGUUGGUAAAAGCAAACUUAAAGAUUGAUCAUCUUGAGAAAGAAACUGACCUUCUACGACAGUCUGCAGGCUCCAAUGUAGUUUACAAAGGCAUAGACUUACCUGAUGGGAUAGCACCAUCUAGUGCCUAUGUCAUCAAUUCUCAGAAUGAGUAUUUAAUACAUCUUUUGCAGGAACUAGACAAUAAAGAAAAGAAAUUAAAGCAUUUAGAAGAUUCUCUUGAAGAUUAUAACAGAAAAUUUGCAGUGAUUCGUCAUCAACAAAGUUUACUAUAUAAAGAAUAUCUAAGUGAAAAGGAUACUUGGAAAGCAGACUCUGAGGUGAUAAAAGAGGAGAAGAGGAAACUUGAGGAUCAAGCCCAGCAGGAUGCUGUGAAAGUGAAAGAGUACAAUAAUUUGCUCAAUGCUCUUCAGAUGGAUUCGAAUGAAAUGAAGAAAAUGCUUUCAGAAAACAGUAGGAAAAUCACUGUUCUGCAAGUGAAUGAAAAGUCCCUCAUCCGGCAGUAUACAACCUUAGUGGAAAUGGAGCGGCAUCUUAGAAAAGAAAAUGGGAAACACAAAAAUGACAUCAUAGCCAUGGAAGCCGAAGUUACUGAAAAAAUUGGAAGUUUGCAAAGAUUUAAGGAAAUGGCUACCUUCAAGAUUGCAGCUCUUCAGAAAGUUGUAGAUAAUAGUGUUUCUUUGUCUGAACUAGAACUAGCCAAUAAACAGUACAAUGAGCUGACUACUAAGUACAGGGACAUUUUGCAGAAAGAUAAUAUGCUUGUUCAAAGAACAAGUAACUUAGAACACCUAGAGUGUGAAAACGCGUCUCUAAAAGACCAGAUGGAGGGUAUCAGCAAAGAGCUGGAGAUUACAAAGGAAAAACUCCACACCAUUGAACAAGCCUGGGAACAAGAAACGAAAUUAGGAAAUGAAUCAAACAUGGAUAAGGCAAAGAAAUCAAUGACAAAUAGUGACAUUGUUUCUAUUUCAAAAAAAAUCACUGUGUUGGAGAUGAAGGAAUUAAAUGAAAGGCAGAGGGCUGAACACUGUCAGAAAAUGUAUGAGCAUUUAAGAACUUCAUUAAAGCACAUGGAAGAACGUAAUAUUGAAUUGGAAACCAAGUUCACUGAGCUUACCAGAAUCAACCUGGAUGCACAAAAGGUGGAGCAGAUGUUGAGAGAUGAAUUAGCUAAUAGUGUGACCAAGGCAGUAAGCGAUGCCGAUCGACAGCGGAUUCUAGAAUUAGAGAAGAGUGAAGUGGAGCUCAAAGUUGAAGUGUCCAAACUGAGAGAGAUUUCUGAUAUUGCCAAAAGACAAGUUGAUUUUUUGAAUUCGCAACAACAGUCCAGGGAAAAGGAAGUGGAAUCCCUCAGAAUGCAGCUGCUGGACUUCCAGGCACAAUCUGAUGAAAAGGCACUAAUUGCCAAAUUGCACCAACAUGUUGUCUCUCUUCAAAUUAGUGAGGCCACUGCCCUUGGUAAGUUACAGUCAGUUACGUCCAAACUCCAGAAGAUGGAAGCCUACAAUUUGCGCUUAGAACAGAAACUGGAUGAAAAAGAGCAGGCUCUCUACUAUGCUCGUUUAGAAGGUAGGAACAGAGCAAACCACCUGCGCCAAACCAUUCAGUCUCUACGAAGACAGUUCAGUGGCGCCUUACCCUUGGCUCAGCAGGAAAAGUUCUCCAAAACGAUGAUUCAGUUGCAAAAUGACAAACUUAAGAUAAUGCAAGAAAUGAAGACUUCUCAACAAGAACACAGAAAUAUGGAAAACAAAACCCUGGAGAUGGAAUUAAAGUUAAAAGGCUUAGAAGAAUUGAUAAGUACUUUAAAGGAUGCCAGGGGUGCCCAGAAGGUAAUCAACUGGCAUGUGAAAAUAGAAGAACUUCGCCUUCAAGAACUUAAGCUAAAUAGAGAACUAGUCAAGGGUAAAGAAGAAAUCAAAUAUUUGAAUAAUAUCAUCUCUGAAUAUGAGCGUACAAUCAACAGUCUAGAGGAAGAAAUUGUUCAGCAGAACAAGUUUCAUGAAGAAAGACAAAUGGCUUGGGAUCAAAGAGAAGUUGAGCUGGAGCGCCAGUUAGACAUUUUUGAUCGUCAGCAAAAUGAAAUCCUCAGUGCAGCACAAAAGUUUGAAGACCCUACAGGAUCAAUGCCAGACCCCAGCUUGCCCCUUCCAAACCAACUUGAAAUUGCUCUAAGAAAAAUUAAGGAGAAUAUUCAAGUAAUUCUUAAAACACAAGCAACUUGCAAGUCACUAGAAGAGAAACUAAAAGAAAGAGAAUCUGCUUUACGGUUGGCAGAGCAAAAUAUUCUAUCAAGAGACAAAGUAAUCAAUGAACUAAGGCUUCGAUUGCCUGCCACAGCUGAUCGAGAAAAACUUAUAGCUGAACUAGACAGAAAAGAGCUGGAGCCAAAAUCUCAUCACACAAUGAAAAUUGCCCAUCAAACCAUUGCUAACAUGCAGGCAAGGUUAAAUCACAAGGAAGAAGUAUUGAAGAAAUACCAGCACCUUCUGGAGAAAGCCAGAGAGGAGCAAAGAGAAAUUGUUAAGAAACAUGAGGAAGACCUUCAUGUUCUCCAUCACAAAUUAGAACAACAGGCUGAUAAUUCACUCAAUAAAUUCAAACAGACAGCUCAGGAUUUAAUCAAGCAGUCUCCUGCUCCAGUACCUACAAACAAGCAUUUCAUUCGUCUGGCUGAGAUGGAACAGACAGUGGCAGAACAAGAUGACUCUCUGUCCUCACUUUUGAGCAAACUAAAGAAAGUUUCAAAAGAUUUGGAAAAACAAAAAGAAAUCACUGAGUUAAAAGUCAGAGAGUUUGAAAAUACCAAAUUACGGCUCCAAGAGACUCAUGCCAACGAGGUAAAGAAGGUGAAAGCAGAGAUAGAGGACUUAAGGCAUGCUCUGGCCCAAGCACGGAAGGACUCACAGAGUUUACAGUCUGAACUCCAGGCUCAGAAAGAAGCAAACUCCAGAGCUCCAACAACCACGAUGAGGAAUCUAGUAGACAGACUAAAGAGCCAGCUAGCCUUGAAAGAGAAGCAGCAAAAGGCACUUAGUCGAGCCCUGUUGGAACUUCGGGCAGAAAUGACAGCAGCAGCUGAAGAACGUAUAAUUGCUGUAACUUCUCAAAAAGAGGCAAAUCUCAAUGUUCAACAAGUUGUUGAACGACAUACUAAAGAGCUAAGGUCACAAAUUGAAGAUUUAAAUGAAAAUCUUUUAAAAUUGAAAGAAGCUCUUAAAACAAGUAAAAACAAAGAAAAUUCACUAGCUGAUGACUUAAAUGAUUUAAAUAAUGAACUGCAAAAAAAGCAAAAAGCUUAUAAUAAAAUCCUGAGAGAGAAAGAUGGAAUUGAUCAAGAAAACGAUGAACUGAGAAGACAGAUUAAAAGACUGUCCAGUGGGCUGCAGAGCAAAACUCUGAUAGAUAAUAAACAAAGUUUAAUCGACGAACUUCAAAAGAAGGUUAAAAAACUUGAAAGCCAACUGGAAAGAAAGGUGGAUGAUGUAGACAUAAAGCCGGUAAAGGAAAAGACUGGUAAAGAAGAAUUAAUCAGGUGGGAAGAAAGUAAGAAAUGGCAAACCAAAGUAGAGGGGAUCCGUAACAAAUUAAAGGAGAAGGAAGGAGAAGUCCACAGUCUGACAAAGCAGCUGAGCACCUUAAAGGAACUUUUUGCCAAAGCUGAUAAAGAGAAACUUACGUUGCAGAAGAAACUGAAAACAACAGGCCUGACUGUUGACCAGGUUUUAGGAGUGCGAGCUUUGGAGUCAGAAAAAGAGUUGGAAGAGCUAAAAAAGAGAAAUCUGGACUUAGAAAAUGACAUAUUACACAUGAGGACCCACCAGGCUCUUCCACGAGAUUCUGUUGUGGAAGACUUACAUUUACAAAAUAAAUACCUUCAAGAAAAACUUCAUACGUUAGAAAAAAAACUUUCAAAGGAUGCAUAUUCUCAGUCUUUGACUUCAGAAAUAGAGUCAGAUGAUCAUUGUCAAAAAGAACAAGAACUUCUGAGGGAAAACUUGAAGUUGUCAUCUGAAAACAUUGAGCUUAAAUUUCAACUUGAACAAGCAAAUAAAGACUUGCCAAGACUAAAGAAUCAAGUAAAAGAUUUGAAGGAAAUGUGUGAAUUUCUUAAGAAAGGAAAAAUGGAACUUGAACGGAAGCUUGGUCAGGUCAGAGGGUCUGGUAGAAGUGGAAAGACAAUCCCAGAACUAGAAAAAACCAUCGGGUUAAUGAAGAAAGUAGUUGAAAAGGUCCAAAGAGAAAAUGAACAAUUGAAAAAGGCAUCAGGAAUAAUGACUACUGAAAAAAUGGCUACUCUUGAGGAAGAAAAUAGAAAAUUAAAGGCUGAAUUAGAAAAGCUUAAAGCUCACUUUGGACGUCAACUAAGUAUGCAGUUUGAAUCCAAGAACAAAGGUACUGAGAAAAUUGUGGCGGAAAAUGAACGGCUUCGGAAGGAACUUAAGAAAGAAAUGGAAGCUUCCGAGAAACUGCGGAUAGCUAAGAACAACUUAGAGCUGCUGAAUGAAAAGAUGUCAGCUCAGCUCGAAGAGACUGGGAAGAGAUUACAGUUUGCAGAAAGCAGAGGCCCACAGCUGGAAGGCGCUGACAGCAAGAGCUGGAAGUCAAUUGUGGUUUCAAGAAUGUAUGAGACCAAGAUGAAAGAGCUCGAAAGUGACGUUGCCAAAAAGAAUCAAAGUAUCACCGACCUUAAACAGCUUGUAAGAGAAGCAACCGAGAGAGAACAGAAAGCAAAGAAAUACACUGAAGACCUUGAACAACAGAUUGAGAUCCUCAAAAGUGUCCCUGAAGGUGUGGGAACAGAGCAAGAGCUUCUGCGGGAGCUCCAGCUUCUGAGGUUAGCCAAUAAUCAGCUGGAUAAAGAAAAGGCAGAAUUAAUUCAUCAGAUAGAAAUUAACAAGGACCAAACUGGAGCUGAAAGUAGCACACCUGAUUCUGAUCAACUAAAGGAAAAGAUAAAUGAGCUGGAGAGACAACUCAGAAAGUCGGAGCUAGAGAAGCAACAUUUGAAGGAGGAAAUUAAAAAGCUGAAAAAAGAACUGGAAAAUUUUGAUCCUUCAUUUUUUGAAGAAAUUGAAGACCUGAAGUACAAUUAUAAGGAAGAAGUGAAAAAGAAUAUCCUGUUAGAAGAGAAGCUGAAAAAACUUUCGGAACAAUUUGGAUUUGAAUUAUCUAGCCCUCUUGCUGCUUCUGAACAGCAGGAAGACAGAGAAAGUCCUAAUAGUUUCCCUAUUUAUUAAUGGCCUCGUUUAACUGUAGAUUUAAAACUAUCUUAUGAGUUUAAAAGUUUCAGCUGGAAAUCAAGCAGUCUCUGAACUACAGAAUUUACAUCUCAAAAUAUUGUAUUUUUUUGCUUAAAAAUAAAAUAUUUAGUUUUAACUUGUUAGAAAAGUAUAUUUUUGAAGACAUCAAUAAUUUAUGACUAUACAGUGCAUAAUGAGCUAUGAUAAAUAUUCCUAUUUUCAUAAUAUCUUAAAUUUUCAAAAAGCAUAAAGGUAAGCUUAUAACAACUUUAUUAUUUAAAUUGAUUAUUUUAUACUUUUUUGUGUUAAGAUAUUCAAAUCCUAACAAUGGUUUCUAUAAAUACAUAGAAACAUGUUUAGAAGUUGACAUAUGUUUUGCUAAACAGCUAGCAAAAUUAAAUUGAAGAUUGUAACCUCUGUAAACAUGGCAAACUGUUCAAUAUUAGAAAAAUCACAAUAAUCCCAACUAUGAUUUCCAUUUUAUACACCCAGUAUUAUAUCUUUGAGCCUAUCAAAUUUCUGUUUAUCUAUUUUUGAAAACUGAUUAAACAAAGACUGGUUAUCAAAAGCA